AUGGCCUCAGGAUGCAUCUGGCAACAACAUGCUUCACUAUUUCGUCGCCUGUAUCUCGAAGAGAACAAGACGCUGAAGGAAGUUCAAUCAGAAGUUGAAGACAACCACGGGUUUCCCAGCAAUAGUUUGUCUACCUACGAGACAAAACUACGAGAUCUGCUAGGACUGAGGAAAAACCUCAAUCCUGAAGGAUGGGUCGCAAUCGACCAGCAUAUCAGAAGCGUCAGAAGUACCAAUUGGGAAGUGUAUUUCAAUGGGAGGAAGAUGUUGAAGAGGAAAGUCAUGAAAGAGAUUGCGAGAUAUACAAAACACCGCUCAUAUCCAGCAAACCUACCCAUGCCACCUGGUGUAGAGAUAAAAUGGCUAGAUGUGUCAUCUCAGUCGGCGGCCUUGAGCGCUCGAGGCCUGCCUCGGCGAAUGGUGCCUCAGCAAUUGUCCAGAUUGACCUUGGAUGUCCCAAGGAAUGAGGACCUGGACAUGAUUGACUUUGAUUCAACAGCAUUGUCAAGAAGCCCGAGCGAUGUUCUUCAGGAAACUCAACUUCUGAGAUUCAACACACCCGCGAUCAUCAAUCCAACUGUCGAUAUUGCAGUGGCUGCAAAUAAAGUCAUCUCAGCUCAUUUCAGUGCAGCGAUACUUGAUCCUCGACUGGCGGAUUUAUGGCACCCUAUCUUAGAAGAUGGCCCAUUCAACUCCCUCAGUCGUACCCUGCAUCGAUUUUUCCCUGGUAAAACUGCUUUCCCUCACAGCAAUAGCAUACUCCCGGUCUCGCGCAAUAAUCCCACGCAGAAUGUUGAUACGUGGACAUUGAGCAGUUCAUCGCUCGAGGCAAAUCAACAUGAAGUCUCAGGGCGCAGCCAUGCAGUUGAGGAUGUUGAAAACAUACAAGCCCAGCCCUCUUCCGGCACAAUAUCCGCACGCCUUGAUCCUUUGCGCAUUCUGGCUCUGUUAAUUUAUUAUUUAUCCAAUAACUUUGCAGGACUUGAUCAAACAAGGGAUACGUUGCUGUUCCUCAUGGAACAAGUUCCGCAUAAUCUUGUCGGCGAGUUCCUUCAGGCUGAAUCCUUUGCUAUUGAGACAUCGUGGAUGACACUAGCAGAAUGGUCGUUUGAUCUCAACAAGAAACACUUUUUCGAAAAAGUCAUGCAAGUAUCAUUACGAUGCCCCGAAUGGGUCGAGCUACACGGAGCACGCUGCUUGAUCUUCGCAGCAUAUUUUGGGUGCACCAAAAUUGCCCGCAAAAUCAUUUCAUGCGGUGUGUCCCCCAAUGAGAUGUCUCGAUUCGUAGUCUCUCUGGACGAUAACAAUUCAAGUCCAAAUUUCUCAAGUCUAGCGGUAAAUGAAGGGUACUUGCAUAUGGGUUUGGAUCGGGAAAGGACACGGGAAUGGAAACGGGAAUAUACUGUGAAGACUUUCCCUCUCAUGGAAGCCGCAGCAAGAGGCAAUCUAGAAGUUCUUGAGACAUUGAAGAAUGCCAAAGCCGAUUGUCAACUGCGCUCCUUCGGCCUAACAGCAGCUGGGUAUGCUCUCAUCGCUCAUGAAAACGGAGUGAUGGAUGAUGAUGUGUUAUCAUCUGUACUUUCUCUAUUGUUCGACAUGGGAGAAAGUCUAGAUGCUCCAAUGUGGCAGAAUGAUAAGGCAUUCAGAUCUGGUUAUGGAUCGAAGUUAGAGGCUUUAUGGUCGGAAGAGACUCUUCUUGACGCCAUAUACCUCAAACGCGACAGCGAAGUUUUGUUUCAAGAAAUGCAGAAGCGAAGCCGGGUUCCAUAUGGCGUUAUGACUGUGUCAGGCAUCCUGCGAUCCGCUGCGGAUGGAUGCAACGCCCUGCGCGACUAUAUGGCCACCAUAUGUUAUCCAAAUGGCCAUCCUCGAAAACGUAUCGAAGAGGUUGCUUUGGUAAGAAGCCUGACGAUUCCUCAAGCCUUCGAGUCAAUGAUGGGGAAUGGGUUCUCGCUGGAGUUUAAGGCUUUACAAAACGCAGUCAACAUUGGAGGAGCCUGCUAUCAUCUCUCGUUGCCUGGUCCAACGCGCUCUGAUAUCCUUGAGAUACUAUUCCGCAAUCGUGCUGAAUUGUCAGCUUCUGUUGUACAACAAAUUUUGGAUCGCCUCAUGGAAGAUCAAACAAACGACUCCAUGUCUACUACACUAAUAUGUGAGCAUAUACAGGACAUGCUACCCAUACUGAGACCGGACCAAAUACGAAGAUUUGGCACCAUCUUGCUCGAGCAAUUCUGCAAGGAGGGUAAGAUCACAAAAGUUCAGCUGUGCCUAGAAGCUGGAGUGGACCCCCGAGCCGUCGACCUCUUGAAAAUCAAAAGUGGCGGAUGUGACGAUACAAGAAUCCAUCAAUUACUUUAUGAGCAUGGUUGUCGACUAAUUCUUCCGCUGCAGCCUUUGGAGCACAAGCAAUUACCAAGGCGGUACACGACAACGGAGCUCCAAUGGCUCAUAACGCAUGGACUCAAUGAAGUCCUCAACGGCAUGUCAAUUCAUGACAUCAUCACUCAAUUUGUCUCGGACCGAGUAUCCAUGUAUAAAGUUCGUAAAUUUGCGCAGUGGCUCAGCGAUCGCGGAUAUCCAUUGUACACACAACCGCCUUCGACUGCGCUCUUUCAACAAUGUGAAUUGCGUGAGAGCAGCCCCUCCCUGGCUCUGUUGAUCUAUCUUGAAAGCAAUGAGGACCAUAUUUCACGGCUCCUGGAUCAAGGCCUCGAUAUCAAUCCGCAGCGGUGUCGAAAAAGGAACGAGGUUGACCAUCCAAAACUAUCUAGGUGGUACGACGAGCCGCCCUUAGAAGCCGCCGUUCGAAAUUGCGACAUUUCCAUGGUACAGCUGCUCCUGCGCCGAGGAGCUGACAUUCACUGCCAGAUCGACGACUCCGAGACCGUACUAGAUGUGGCUGUUGAUCUCUACCUAGAUGCAUACGACUCUCAAUUGGCCCGGUGGAAAGAGCUCGUUACAAUCUUACUUGAGAAUGGCGCUAAGCCUGGGCACAAUCCCUCAGAUGCUCUUUCCCGUGCCAUAGAGAGUCCUGAGCCGGAUUUGCAACUGAUCCGAAUGCUCCUUGAAAAUGGCGCUGAUCCGAAAGCCAACUACGCAAGAUCACUGCGCGGGGCCGCAACGAGUGACAGUCCGAAUUUGCAACUGAUCCAAAUGCUCCUUGAAAAUGGCGCUGAUCCUAAAGAAAACUCCUCAACAUUACUUCCCUACGCUGCAACGAGUGACAGACCGAAUUUGCAACUGAUCCAAAUGCUCCUUGAAAAUGGAGCAAAAGUCAAUGACGACUAUUAUGAAAAACCUCUGCUCAGGACCGUGUUAUUGUCCACAGAGAUCAACCUGGAGCUUAAAAUGGCAAUUUUCGCACUACUUCUCGCCCAUGGUGCAAAGUACAACAGCUCCGAAGAACUUGUCUAUGCCUGCAUCUCUGGUGAUAUCGAGCUCGUUCGGUUCCAUUUGAACAAGGGAGCAAAUCCAAAUGUUUGGUUCAACAAAGACCAUGUAACGUGGGAUGAUGAUAUGCUCCAAAAUCCAUUGGGUCCAAGCGCUCAAAAAGGGAAUGUUCCCAUAGCACUGGUUCUAUUGGCAGCAGGCGCGACCUUAUCAGGCCGUGAUCGCUCGUUGUCGCUUGCGGCUGAGAAUGGACGCCUGGACAUGGUUGCACUGCUGCUUCCGCAUGAGAAACGUCUCAAAGAAGUGAAAAAAGCAUUGGGAUGUGCUCUCAAAGGUCGAUAUUACUCCAUCAUUCGCCUUCUGAGACAGCGUUUGGCUGCUGCGAAUCAAGAAGACUGA